AUGCGUCGUCUGGGUCGUUGUGACCCCACCGUCGACAUCCUGGUGAGGCUUUACAGAAUCGAAAUCGAAUUCUUUGAAUCCGCCAAGCGAGACCCAGACUUCAGGAUGUUCCUGAAACGUGUGGUGGGUAUCAAAGGCAAUGUCCCUAGUUGCCUGGCCCUGAAGCGCACCCAAGAUUGGGCAUGCGAUGCGAUGUACUUCCUCAAGAAGGAAGAGCGCAAGAAAUCUGGAGAGGAAGAGAGUGUCUCUGAUGAUGCUCUGGGUGAGAAGGACGCUGAGACUAAGGUCGAGCCCAAGGUCGAGCCCAAGGCUCAGGCCGGCCCCGUCUUCGAAGGCGACAACUUGAUCGCCUUUUAA